CGGUUGCCCAGGGGAGCAGCAGCAGGAGCAGGGAGUGAGGGAGAGGGGGAAGGAGAAAAGGAAGAGGGGGAGAGGGACGGAGAGAAGGAGGGAGAGGGAGACGAAGAGAGUGAGUGAGGGGAGGAGAGCAAGAGGGAGAGAGGGUGAAGGGAGGGAGAGGGAGAGAUGAUUGAGGGCUGGAGCCCCGUCUGGCAGACCUUGCUCGGCACCUUCUUCACCUGGGGCCUCACCGCUGCUGGAGCUGCUCUGGUCUUCAUUUUCUCACAGGGGCAGAAACAAAUUCUGGAUGGAAGUCUUGGUUUUGCUGCCGGGGUGAUGCUGGCUGCCUCUUACUGGUCACUGCUCGCUCCAGCCAUCGAGAUGGCAGAAUCUUCAGGGAGCUACGGAGCGUUUGCCUUCUUUCCCGUGGGAGUGGGCUUCACGCUUGGAGCAGCCUUUGUUUAUUUGGCUGAUGCUCUGCUGCCCUCACUGGGUAUUGUCGAUUCUCCUCAAAUGGCAUUUGCACUCAAUCAGGAGUCGAAGCCAAUGAAAGAAAAGAAGGAAGAUGACGCUGGAGAUUCCCGGUUGCAGGACGAGGAAUUUGCCAUACGGAUAGGUAGAGGUGCAUUAUCAGCAGACAAAGUAGACAAUGGAGAAGUCCAUCAGAGAAAGAGAGCGCCGCAGUCUGACAACUCCGAGAGUCUGAUGGCAUUCAGUCAAUCGAGGUCUGAGCAACAACAAAGCAGUUGGAAGCGCAUUAUAUUACUCAUCCUUGCCAUCACCAUACACAAUAUCCCAGAGGGUCUGGCCGUGGGAGUUGGAUUUGGUGCUGUCGGCAUGUCUGCAUCAGCGACCUUUGAAAAUGCACGGAACUUAGCGGUUGGGAUUGGACUGCAGAAUUUCCCCGAAGGCCUUGCCGUUAGCCUGCCUUUGCACGGCGCAGGUGUGUCCAAAUGGAAGGCUUUCUGGUACGGCCAGUUAAGUGGCAUGGUUGAGCCAGUGGCGGGAAUAUUUGGUGCGUUUGCCGUAGUCCUGGCCAAGCCCCUGCUGCCCUACGCCUUGGCUUUUGCAGCCGGUGCCAUGGUAUACGUUGUAGUUGACGACAUCAUUCCUGAAGCACAACUCAGUGGAAACGGCAAGCUCGCUUCCUGGACCUCCAUCGUAGGCUUUGUCUUGAUGAUGUCGCUCGACGUAGGCCUUGGAUAAUCUGAAGAUGUGCGGUUUUCUGAAGAAAUUACUUUUUGGAACAUUAUUGUCAUCUCUACUAAUAUAUUUUCUCUCUCUCUGUCUCUCUCUCUCUGCGAAAGAUGGUGAUGUCAUCACAAAUCUUGAUGACAUCAUCAAACUGAGUGCACAUUUCUACAUUGAUCUCACUGGAGCACAAUAAUGACAGCUUCUGGUCUGGAGGGGGGGGGUUACCUAUAUAACUUGACCCCUUUCAAUGGUCUGGGCCAUGGAUCAUUCUGCAUAUGUUUCUUCUGUUGUGGGUGUCCUUAAUGCUUGAAUCUUUGUGGCGUGUUUAUAAUGAGGUUCCCAGUCCACAUCCCUUCCCACUUCAGUGAUGGAGUCCAAAAUACAAAUCCCACCAUUAACUCAGGUUAGGAAUAGAUUUAGAAUUUGGUGUUGACAAUUUUGUAAUAUAUUAAUACUGCGAUUAACUAUGUAGUUAUUUUAAUUAUGAUAACCUAUUGAAUGUUGAAUUCUGGUGCAUCGCAAAGUGAGCAGAGACCUUGAAGGAUCAUUAUUUUACACUGUAAAAUUAUAGAACAUAUGAUCUUUAAUGUAUACAUUCGAGAAGACCUGUCACGGAAAACCUUUGAAACCUUCAUUCUGAUGUGAAGUUCAAGUCUCAAUUUGCAGCAUCCUUGAAAUCAUCUAUUUCUGCAUUAUUAUUAUUCGAUCGGUGAUUUCUGAAAUAGUUUGAGAUGUGCAGGGAUGUUUACAGUGACAUUGUCUGUAUUUUUUCACCAACAAGUGUGUCGUUGUACACGAAAAGGGGGUCUGGUUAAAUGUGCCUUUGUUGAUUCCGAGCCAUUUAUUUUGUUAACACAAAAAGAGCACAUUUAUUUGGGCCAUUAUUAUGUUUUUAUAACCCGCUGGCACAAAGGUUGGUAUUGUUCCCUUAAAGUGACCUGCUGGCAUUUCCAGCAGACUUUACCUGCACUUAUAGAAUAUUAAAGGGGAACAAGCACAGAUUUCUUGGUACAAAAUCAAGGAUGGUUUAGUAGAUUUCCUUUACACAAGAGACAUUGACUAGAUCCAAAGGGGUUUGAAGAAGGGUCCCGACUUGAAACGUCACCUAUCCAUGUAAUAUCCAGGGAUGCUGCCUCACAAGGAGUUCUGAUACAACGCAGAGCUUUGCCAGUGUGGAGGCUGCAUCAUGGAGAAGAUGCAGACUUGCAACCGCUGUCUUUGAUGGUUAUGGGAUGGCUGCAUUGGUGCUGCAUUGACCAUUUAGCUCGCAAACACUGCACAAACAACUGAUGGACUGAUACCGGGUAUGUUGCUGCAUGGACUCCUCCAGAUUUUAUCCUUCUUAAUAAGUCAGGUAGCAAACAAUCGGAGGGAGGCAGAGAAUAUCUCAGGAGCAACGAAUAAAACAUAUUCGAGUAUUGCGUCUGAUGUCCAGGAAUUUAAAAAGGACACAUUAAACUCUGGUGCAGUCAUUCCCAUGCUCCACACAAAAGAAAGUAAACUACAAAUACGACUCAUGUCAGGCAGAACCCAGUGUUGCACCGUGCCUUUCCCACUGAAUACAAUGGGCCAGUGUGUUCAGAGGUUAAAAGUGUUUGCGCCACACUCACACACCCAUUCGCAGAACUUGACAUCGGUGUCCUUUUGGCCAGCUGCUCACUUUAAACAGAACGUAAGCAUACAAUGUCAUGUUUGUUUUGAAGUAAAUAUAUAACUACAGUAAUGAGGUGAAUUAUAAAAAGGUUAUUGAAAGAUAUUGUUCCGGCACAAAAUAGUUGGCAUUGUAACAUAAAAAAAGGGGGGGGGGGGGAACUUGUGGGUGACUUGGAAUAAAUUAUAAUACUUGAACUCUGUAAACCCUAACACGAGUACCAGGGGUUUAAGGUUAGAAAGCAUUUAGACAAUAGACAAUGGGUGCAGGAGUAGGCCAUUCGGCCCUUUGAGCCAGCACCACCAUUCAAUGUGAUCAUCCCCAAUCAGUACCCCGUUCCUGCCUUCUCCCCAUAUCCCCUGACUUUGCUAUCCUUAAGAGCCCUAUCUAGCUCUCUCUUGAAAGUAUCCAGAGAACCAGCCUCCACCGCCCUCUGAGGCAGAGAAUUCCACAGACUCACAACUCUCUGUGUGAAAAAGAGCUGAAUCAGCUCUCUCCCAAAGUUUUUUUCCGAUCAUAUUGUUCUUGGGGUAUUGCUAUCUGAUAAUGUCAUAUUGCGAAUGAGUUUCUUUAUAAUUGGUGGGUCUGGUAUUACUUUUCCAAAGAAAGGUAAUAGUUCAUAAGUUAUAGGAGCAGAAUUAGGCCAUUCGGUCCAUCGUCCGCCAUUCAAUGAUGGUUGAUCUAUCUUUCCCUCUCAACCCCAUUCUCCUGCCUUCUCCCCAUAACCCCCGACACCCAUACUAAUCAAGAAUCUGUCAAUCUCCGCCUAAAAAAUAUCCAUUCACUUGGCAUCCACAGCUUUCCGUGGCAAGGAAUUCCACAGAUUCACCACCCUCUGGUGAAAGAAAUUCCUCCUCAUCUCCUUUCUGGAGGUUCGUCCUUUUAUUCUGAGGCUUUGGUCUCUGGUCCUAAACUCUCCCACUAGUGGAAACACCCUCUCCACAUCCACUCCAUCCAGGUCUUUCACUAUUCGAUAACUUUCAAUGAGGUGCCCCCUCAUUUCUUCUAACUAGCUUUGACACUCAGUUAUGAAUGACUCAGAUACUCAAUUAAAGGAGGAUAAAUUCUCAUGUUUACAACUAUAUUGAAAACUACAAUAUGUUUGGGAAGCUGCCUUCAAAACCAUGGUUGAAGAUUGCUGUCGGUGUAAAUGGUUAUCUGUGUGAGCGGAGGGGUGGCUCGGUGAGUACAUGGAGAGGGGUACAGUUCUUUGUCAGUAAGACUACUAUGAACGUUAGCCAUCAAAACUUGCCAGAGAUAAUGAAUUAAUGUUAAUAUCAUUGCUGUUGGGAGCCCAGAAAUGUGUAUCGCGAAGCUAGAUGGAGUAAAGAAAAGUUAUUAGUUUCACGUCUCCUCAAAAGGCUCAGAUUUGGGAAUAAUUGCUCCUAUGGGCUUCUAAUGAAGUUUUUCAAUACAACCUUUUAACCUGAAGGAUUUUUGUACUUUUAUCUUGAAUUAUUUAAAAACCAGUCAGCAAAUCUUGUUUUGGUGACUGGUUUUGUAAUGACGAUGUAUCAUCAUUUUGUUGUGUGAAGACAAAUUAUCGGGAUAAUUUGCUUUCAUGUCAUGUUUUCUUCCAAACUCUGAACUUCAUGCACUGAAUCAUUAUGAAAAUGCCAGAUGACCAGGGUCUUUGAUACCAGCUACGUCCCAGGAGAAGAUGUAUUCCAAUUCCAUAUGAUGAAACCUCAAUAAGGGCGCCUCACAGCGCCAGGGACCCUGGUUCGAUCCUGGCCAUGGGUGCUGUCUGCAUGGAGUUUGCACGUUCUCCCCAGUGACCGUGUGAGUUUUCUCUGGGUGCUCCGGUUUCCUCCCACAUCCCAAAGACGUGCAGGUUUGCAGGUCAAUUGGCUUCUGUAAAAUUGCCCCUGGUGGGUUAGAUGUUAAAGUGGGAUAACACGGAUGUGUGGGUGAUCAAUGGCCGGCAUGGGCUCGGUGGGCCGAAGGGCCUGUUUCCACGCUGUAUCUCUAAACUCUAAUCUUUGUCCCCUUUUGGACUCUCGUCGCUUUUAAUUUGAUUUGCCUUUAUUUCUAUUGCUGUUAUAAAUUCUUCUUUAAUCAAUAACUCCCUGGCAUAAACCCUUUCAGGACAGUGACACUGAUUGUCAGAACUAAUGUAAAGAUGAGUUUCAAUGUUAUGAUUAGAAUCACAGGAUUCAGGGCUUGAUCGGGGGGGUGGGGGGGAGCUCAUUGCUUUCCAAUGAUUUCUGAAACGCGAGUGAUGUAGCAAAAUUGAAGCAAAUUAAACCAUGUUGAAUCACACAAAC